AUGGAUCAUGUGGGUUCUGACUUUGUUGGAAAUUCUAUGUCAUCAUCAAAAAUCCUAUGUAGAUGGAAACUUGAGAAGCUAUACUCAGAGACACAUAAUUCUUCCAGAAUAUUUGAAAACGCACAGUAUGGUACAGAGAAAACCUACAGAGCUAGAAGCAAAGAGCACGAUACUGCCCUUAAUCUGAGGCUUGCAUGUACAAUGCUUGGUGGUCAGUGUAAAAAUAAAGACGGUGAAAAAGAAUUUAGGAUGGUACUCUCUGAAAGACCUACAACUCUCUGCUGAAUGAGAGAAUGUGACCCUAAGAAAUAA